AUGUAUGAGGCAGCAAUUGAUGGCGAUGAGGAGUACUUUAAUCAAUGGCUGCUAACAAUGAAACAAGAUGAUGUAUCGAUAACGACAAUUAAAAGUGAAAUUGAAAAACUCGACCAGGAACAGUAUUCUGUGUUACACUAUGCUAUUCGAUAUAAUCAGUUGCAUUUAGCACAAAAAUUCAUCGAAGAAUUCCGUUGCGAUGUGAAUCUUGCUGGUUUGAAUGGCGAAACACCAUUGCAUACAGCUGCUCGUUACACUCAAACUAAACUAACCAGAGAAAAUGCCAUCACUUGUUUAGUUAAUUAUCAAGCUGAUAUUUCCAAACGCGACUAUUAUGGUCGAACACCACUUCACCAUGCGGCGAUGAGAAAUAAUUGUACUAACGCGAAACAAUUAAUCGAACUCAACGCCCCGAUUGAUAUCAUUGAUCAAAAUCACGCGUCACCACUUCAUCUAGCUUCUCGUUUCGAUGCAACCGAUUGUGUUCGAUUAUUUCUUGAACAAGGCGCACAGAUUGAUCGACAAGAUGCGAACGGAAACACGCCAUUGCACUGCUUAGCGUUAUCGCCCUCGAUUGUCAAAAACAAAAUGAUUCAAAAUACAACAGCUUAUUUGUUAUUAGACAUAGCGAAAGAUCGUCUUGAUUAUUAUCUUGAAAUGUUCAAUCACGAAGACAAAACAGCGUUGAGUCUUGCAUGCGAACACGGAAAUCAAGAUCUAGUACGAAUUCUUCUUCUUUACGGGGCAAAUGCACAGAAUUGUAUGACCAUUCAUAUGGCAAUUAAAUCAGGUAAUCCGGAUAUUGUUCAAUAUCUAUUAGAAUCACAAAUGAAACACGAUUUUCACACGUCAUUCCAUAUGGCUUGUCAGUAUAAUCGAACUGAUAUUCUACGAAUGCUAAUCGAUCACUCCAGCGACCAUUCAAAUAUUGAAAUUCGUGAUCAUCGAGGUUAUACGCCGUUACUGACAGCUAGUUAUUAUAAUCAUCAUGAUUGUAUGCAAAUACUUCUAUCCAAUGGUGCGAAUUUGUUUGCGGUGGACUAUGCGCGAAGAAAUAUCUUGCACAUUUGCGUAGAAAAGCAAUGCAACGAUGCGUUGAAAACAUGCUUGGAAUGUAUUAAAAAUGACAUUGAUAGUUAUGAACUAUUUACUACAGCUGAUCGGUAUGGAAAUACUGUGCUACAUACAGCUGCAAACUAUGGUUCACAUGAAAUCUGCGAAGUGCUCAUGAAUGUUAUCAAACAUAUCUUAUUCUUGUCCGGUUCGGAUGAAAACACAUUUCACCAGCAAUAUUUAUCGUUGAUUUUGAAGAAGAACAGAAAUCAGCGUACAUCAAUCCACGAAGCUGCGAAGAUUGGCAAUUUUGCAUUGAUGGAUUGUGUUUUUCGAAUUCUUGAAGCGAAUGUUCAGCAUAAAUUCACUGUGUGUGAAGCUGUCGAUGAUGAAUUUAAAACUAGUCUGCAUCUCGCCGCAGGUGAAGGUCAUGACAAGAUCGUGCAGUUUCUUCUCGCUCAAGGUGCAAACGUCUGUGUAUGUGAUAUGAACGACGUAACACCUAUGCAUGAAGCUGCAGCGCAUAAUUGUCGUCAUUGUGUGGAAAUUCUCCUUCAGAACGGCUCGUCGAUCAAUCAAUUCGAUGGGAAACAUCACACGCCGCUUCAUCGUGCAAGUCAACAUGGUCAUUGGGAAAUCGUUCGCUUGUUAUUGAAUUCCAAUGUUGAUGUUCGACUGGUAAAUUGUGAUGGUUACAAUAGUUUGGAAAUUGCAAUCGUGAACAAUUGUCAACUAACUGUACGAGAGUUUCUCCAGCACGAAACAUGGAUGAAAUCCUUGCGAAAUUGUCAAAUGGAGGUUUCAAGCAAUCGGAAAUACGAAGAUCUGUCCACACCGUUACGAAAAUUGAUUCGGUAUAUGCCCAAUGAAGCAGAGGAAGUGUUCACACGAUGUAUAACUGAACUUGGAGGAUCGGAGGAUCCAUCAUAUAAGAUCAUUUUUAAUUAUGAAUUUCUUGAAGAUCAAUUCGCGAUUCAAAAAUGGAAGCAAGACUGUUACACAUUACCUGGUGAUUCAUCGUCAAUAAAAAUCAAUAAGUGGAAUCCACUACAUUAUUUCAAGAAACAGACAAACGCGUCGUUAUUUGAUCACCACAUUCAUAGUCUUCGACAGAAUCAUCCUCUUUAUCUGAUCAUCACAUACCACCAACAUGACCUAUUGAAAAAUCCAUUAAUUGAACGAUUGAUUACACGUAAAUGGGUUCAAUUCAGUCGAUCAUUCUUUUGGAUACUAUUUCUUUUCUACGGUUUCUUCUUAGCUUCGUUUACUUUCACUAUUCUUCGUGUUCGUCACCCUCAAUAUUAUUAUUCGCUUUUUAAUGCAUCGAUAUCUUUGGUUAGCUGUGAAACAAUUUCAUUAAACCUUCUUCGGCAUGAGUCGUUCAUCUUAAUAAAGAAGAAUUUCUAUGACACGAUGAUCAAGUGGCUGUUGUUGAGCACAAUCUUAAUCCAUGUGGUCAAGAACGUUCUACUAAUUUGUAUACGCUUUCGAAUGUUCUUCGGUUUAUCGAAUAUUCUAGAAUUAAUCGCGUUAAUCUUGAGUAUUAUCUUUUCGCAUGACUUCUAUUCGUGGCAAAUGUCAAUUCGCUUUCGAUGUUCACUUCAAUGGCAAUGUGGGGCGAUCGGAAUUCUCAUUGCAUGGAUCACACUAAUUACUUAUGUGCAGUUUUUAUGGGCAUCUGGUAUAUAUGUCGUUAUGUUGGAGGUCAUCGUACGAAAAUUCCUCCGUUUUAUCCCAAUUUUACUGAUAUUUAUUCUUGGUUUCGGUCUAUCGUUCCACAUGCUGUUACAAAAUCAAAGUGUUUAUCAUCAUACAUUCGAUGCGUUAAUUCGCACGGUGUUAAUGUUAACCGGCGAAUUCAAUUACGAAGAGCACAUCUACCGUGGUGAGAAUGAAAAUGGUCGGUAUUACUAUGAAAUGGUAUUUCUACUCUAUGUGUUAUUCUGUAUUUUGAUAACAAUCCUAAUCAUGAAUUUACUGAUUGCCAAUGCUGUCGGCGAGAUUCCUCCAUUGAUUGAACAUGCCCAAGCGAAACAUUCAAUCAUGCGAGUCAAACUGAUUAUGAACUAUGAAAUAUUCUUAUCAACAUUCGAUUGUUUGAUUCCGUACCUAAAACAGCGAGCAAGACGUUUAAUUGAAAAGAAUCAAAAUGAAAUCAUCUAUCCCAAUAAAAUCAGUCGGUAUAAAUACAAAUACUAUCAGUUAAAGAAGUUUUUUGAUGAGAAAAGAAAGAAAUCUUUUGAAUAA